UUUGCGUGUCCGUUGAUCUCCAAUCUCGGCCAUUGGAUUUGACAAAGCAUUCCUGUAAUUCACCAGAAGGUGAAGGGCAAGAGAAUCGGGUGAGGGGCUAUAAGCUGUGGUGCUCGAGUUGCUUCCUAGGGUUUUGGCGAGACUGCGCUCGUCUCUCGUCCCGCCGUCAAGCCAACCUCAGAAGGGGCGACCGGGGAGAACACCGUUCCAGAAUGGGGAAGGGCACGGGGAGCUUUGGGAAGAGGAGGAACAAGACCCACACGCUUUGCAUCAGGUGCGGCCGCAGGAGCUUUCACCUCCAGAAGAGCCGUUGCGCCUCCUGUGGAUACCCCGCGGCUCGAAUCCGCAAGUAUAAUUGGAGCGUGAAGGCCAUAAGGAGAAAGACAACAGGCACAGGAAGGAUGAGGUAUCUUCGUCAUCUGCCUCGAAGGUUCAAGAGCAAUUUCAGAGAAGGAACUCAAGCAACUCCAAGGAGGCAGGCUGCAGCAGCUGCAGCUCUUUAAGCUGCUUCCAUUUGGAUCACAGGCACCAAGAAGCUUUUUAAGCCGUUCUGUUUUUACCUUAUUGUGUUUGUUUGAAUCUGGUUGAGCUAUGUUUUAGCAAAUUUCUGCUAUUGAAAAUUGAAGGAUAUUAUUUUUGACAUGCUUAAUUUUGUUAAAGACAGUUCCGUUACCGGCAGAACCAUCCAUCUGUUGUCCUUUGCUAACUUUAGAGUCGGUUAAUGGAGCUUUUGGGGCAAUA